AUGCCAGAGAUGAUGGUGGUGAAGGCACUUGCUGGCGAAACAAAGUCCGAGCGUCCCACAAUGUCAGCUCCGUACAAACCAACAGCAGCCGAAGCAUCCACAUCGUCGACCUCGUCCUACCUCUCCUCUUCCUCCUCCUCCUCUGCCACCCUCUCAUCAUCGCAACCAUCAGAUCCAAGUCAACCGCAAGACUUCAUCACCGUCAUGUCGCACAAGACGCCGUCCAAGUUCACCGACCCCUGCGCACACGCCGCCAAACUGUCGAUGAAGUGUCUCGACGACAACGCGUACGACAGGAGCAAGUGCGGCGACGUCUUCAACCAGUACAGGGAGUGCAAGAAGGCGUGGAUCAACCAGAGGAGGCAGGACAGGUUGAACAAUCGUCCGGGGGCUUUCGAUUAG